GAAGCGUCGAACACAUCCUUCCACUUGUUAUCCUACUUACGAGAUAACCAAACACAUUAAAACAACAAUUAAAAUAUUAUUAUUUUCUAAUCUUAAGCAAGAAUUUCCACAUCAUACAUUAACUUAUACUGCUAUUAUUGUCUUGAUUUAAUUAAUUUUAAUACGUUAAAGCUACUCGCUGCUAAGAAAAUAUCUACAAAUGUCAGUAUUCAAGAAGAAUUUAACUUUUAGAAGAUACACCGAUGAGUAGCAACAUAAUGUCUGAGCUUAAAUUUACAAAACCAUGCCCAGAAGAAGACUACCGAUUUCAUGAUGCUACCGGGAACUUUUUGUGUGUUGUACCAACGGCAAGAAGAUGUUUUGAUUUAUGCCAAAAAUACGAUUGUACUGAAUGGUAUUACAUGAGUUUUAUUCCAUCUGGUAGUAACGAGAUUAAACGAUAUCAUCGGUGUCGGUGUUUCCCAGAAUAUCGUAUGUGCUUUUAUAAUCCUGUGCCCAGAAGAUUUCGUGAUUUUGAUUGAAGACAAAAGAAAAACAAACAAACGAAAAAUAAUAAUGAAGAAUUUAUGAGGAUCAAUUGAAAUGUAUUCACCAAGAAAUUUCACCCUCUUCCUAAUUAUUACCAAUUCAUAUCUUUCAUUUAUCUAAAACUCCCAUCGAAGUUGAUGUUGUUUACUUCCCUAUUUUCAUAGAUUUUCUUUUCAUAAGAGAUAACAGUCUUCUUUCUUUCUUCACUAGUUUAUUUCAUAUAAUCAUAGUGUUAUUUUAUUAUUAAUAUUUUUUGUCAAUUUCUUAUUGCAUACUUCAAUAUAAAAGUAUAUUUGUCAAACAAAUUUGCCUGACAGGCAUUCACAUGUGCACAGGUAUACAAAGGCAUGUAUUUUUCGUUGUUCUAUCCACUGUUAUCUGAUACUUGUAGAUUUUACAAUUGAAAGUAUACAGGGUGAAUAGUUUUCUUGAAGAUUAGUAAACCAAGCUUAUGAAUUUAUUUGUUACAAGAAAUGUUUGGAAUUGUUUUUAUGCUAGUACGAUCUAUCCCAUGAAAUCAACGAAAAAGGAAAUAGAUGAUCAGCUAUAUUCUGCGUACACGUACUAGGUUAGUUUCUAUGCAAAUAACAAAAGAGUAUUUCAAGUGUAGGUUUGCUGGGAUUUGAUUUCACGACAUAGCCAAUGUCAUUGGUUAUCAUCUGUUCAUACACUUGACCUGGUGUA